CCAUCAGCAGAGGCUAUUUCAGGAGCUGCAGGGGCCUGGGCUACUGUCACUGUCCCAGCCGAGCGGCACCCAGCGCAGCCUCUUCUCCUUUGCUCAAAGGCUCAGGAUGGACCCUUACAUGAUCCAGAUGAAUAGCAAGAACAAUGUCCCCUCUGUCCUGGACGGCAACACGGGUGGGAGAAGCUCCAUGCUGGGGAAAGCCAAGGGCAGGAAGGCCAGGUGGGCCGUGAAACCCUCAGAGAUGGCCAACAAGACUUUCAACCCCAUCCGGGCCAUCGUGGAUACCAUGAAGGUCAAGCCAAACCCAAACAAAACCACAAUCUCUCUGUCCAUCGGGGACCCCACUGUGUUUGGAAACCUGCCCACAGACCCUGAAGUCAUUCAAGCCAUGAAGGAUGCCCUGGACUCGGGCAAAUACAACGGCUAUGCCCCCUCCAUCGGGUACCUGUCCAGCCGGGAGGAGGUCGCGUCGUAUUACCACUGUCCUGAGGCGCCCCUGGAAGCCAAGGAUGUCAUUCUAACGAGCGGCUGCAGCCAGGCCAUUGAACUUUGUUUGACUGUGCUGGCCAACCCAGGCCAAAACAUCCUUGUUCCGAAACCCGGCUUCUCGCUCUACAGGACCUUGGCUGAAUCUAUGGGAAUUGAGAUCAAGCUCUAUAACUUAUUGCCCAACAAGUCUUGGGAGAUUGACCUGAAAGAACUGGAGUCUCUGAUUGAUGACGACACAGCGUGUCUUGUGAUCAAUAACCCAUCAAACCCUUGUGGCUCAGUGUUCAGUAAAAACCAUCUCCAGGACAUUCUGGAGGUGGCUGCCAGGCAGUGUGUCCCCAUCUUAGCUGAUGAGAUCUACGGAGACAUGGUGUUUUCGGGCCCCAAGUUCGAGCCGCUGGCCCGUCUUAGCAGCAACGUGCCCAUCCUGUCGUGCGGGGGGCUGGCCAAGCGCUGGCUGGUCCCCGGCUGGAGGCUCGGCUGGAUCCUCAUCCACGACCGAAGAGGCAUCUUUGGCAACGAGAUCCGGGACGGGCUGGUCAAGCUGAGCCAGCGCAUCCUGGGGCCCUGCACCAUCGUCCAGGGUGCCCUCAAGAGCAUCCUUCGCCGCACACCUGCUGACUUCUACAAGGACAUCCUUGGCUUCCUCAAGUCCAACGCUGACCUCUGCUACGGGGCAUUGGCUGCCAUCCCAGGCCUCCAACCCGUGCGCCCCUCUGGGGCCAUGUACCUGAUGGUCGGAAUUGAGAUGGAAAAUUUCCCUGAAUUCGCCAACGAUGUGCAGUUCACCGAGCGAUUACUGGCCGAGCAAUCUGUCCAUUGCCUCCCAGCCACGUGCUUCGAGUACCCCAACUUCUUUCGGGUGGUCAUCACAGUCCCUGAAGUGAUGAUGCUGGAGGCCUGUGACCGCAUCCGGCAGUUCUGCGAGCAGCACUACCAGGGUGCAGAGGGUGGUCAUGAGGACUGCGACAAGUAGCACCUUGUCCCCCGGAUGUGUCCCCUGCAGGCGGGGCGGGGAAGGGGCCGCUUCUCAGGGAACCAGGCACCCAGAUAGGACAGGGUCCCCUCAAACACUGUGCCAAAGGCUCGGAAUUACUCCUGCAUCCCCCUCACCCCCAGCCACACUCACAGCCACGCUCUGAACCCGCUUCUCCUCCGCCCACUGCUGGAAGGCCUGGCACCCGUCCUCGGUGACCCCCCUCCCCCCACCCACCUCGAGGUCAGAGUUUACUGGAAAGGAGUGAAGUUUACCAGAGCGUUCAUAGCCCAAGGCCUCAGCAACGCCCAAAGGGCUGAGUGCAGCUGGAAGUCUGGGUGCGAUCUCCAGCGCUUCGUGGUCCUCUGGGCAAGGCUGGGACUGACUCCUGAGCACAGAGCUGGGAGUAGCCUGUGAUGAGAACCACUGGGUGUGUCCCCCAAACCAAUCCCUUCCCCCUAAGACGAGAAAAGGACAGGAAACCCUUCAGGACAACAGACACAAAAGAUUGACAGAAGUUGGGUCUGCCUAAACAGUCACUGGUCAUCAACAUCUGCUCAGCCAAGAACACGCGUCUGUGGCCAACUCCAGAGUCCCAGCUGAGGUCUGGCCUCUCCACAGCGAGCUCCCCUCGUUCCACAAAGCCCCCUUUCAGCUUCCCCCCGCUUUAAGCAACAGUGACAUAAAAGAAGUUAGGGACACAUAGAUUGGCCCGCGUAUAUGCUUACCAAACUCUUCAGGAAGUUUGAGAGGUCCCUUAGAAGAAUAUUUUUAUGGAUUGUCCUUGUACACAAUUACUUGGUGAUGCAAAUAAAUAUGCUUGAAUUGACCAACUUUCUACAUUUAGAUAUGCGUGUAUUAGGUUUUCUUAAUAUUAGGGGGUGUCAGCAGACUCCCCUCCGAGCUAAACCGCUGUGAGGACCAAACGUGUCUUCCCUUGUCAUUGUUCUAAGAAUCAUUGUUGCUUUGGCUGUGAUGUUGAUGUUGAUUUAUUGAUAUAUAUUAUAUUAGCUUUUCAUAUGUUUUCUAAGAAACAUUUAUAUUGAGAAGAUCCUUUAUUUUGCCAAAGGCAUAAAUUAUUGUUUUUUCUUUUUUAAAAAAUAAAGUAUACUAAGUUUGUGCCUC